CACAGCUCCCCUCUGGGAACAAAAAAAAGUUGAGAUUUUUCAGAUCAGGAGGCGAUCGAGCUAUAUCAAUGGUGGUGUCUUGCCGCGCGGCCGUCGUCCUCCUCGUCGCCGCGUCGUCGCUCGCCGUCGUUCUCGCUCAUACUGAUGGGCACGAGGGGCCGGAGUUCACCUACAUCUCCGGCGCCAUCGACGGGCCGGAGAACUGGGGGAAGCUGAGCCCGGAGUACAAGCUCUGCGGCGACGGCAAGUCCCAGUCCCCCAUCGACAUCAGCACCCAGACCGUCGUCCCCCGCUCCGACCUCGAGUCCCUCGAGCGCACCUACGCCGCCGGCAACGCCACCCUCAUCAACAACGGCAAGGACAUCACGAUGAAGUUCGAGGGCAAGGUCGGCGAGGUGAGCAUCAUGGGGAAGGUGUACGGGUUCCACGUGAUCCACUGGCACGCGCCGUCGGAGCACACCAUCAACGGGAAGCGGUUCCCGCUGGAGCUCCACCUGGUGCACAAGUGCGAGGCCGACGGCAGCCUCGCCGUGAUCUCCGUGCUCUACAAGAUCGGCGCGCCGGACUCGUUCUACCUCCAGCUCAAGGACCACCUCGCCGAGCUGGGCGCCGACGAGUGCGACUUCAGCAAGGAGGACUCCCACGUGGCCGCCGGCGUGGUGCAGCUGCGGUCGCUGCAGAAGCGCACGGGCAGCUACUUCCGGUACGUCGGCUCGCUGACCACGCCGCCGUGCUCGGAGAACGUGGUCUGGAACGUGCUGGGCAAGGUGAGGGAGAUCGGCAAGGAGCAGCUGGACCUGAUCAUGGCGCCGCUGCCCUCCAAGGACGCCCGCCCCGCGCAGCCGCUCAACGGCAGGACCGUCUUCUUCUACAACCCGCCCAACACCACCGUCUCCUUCCAAGAGUACUCAAACUAGACUAUCUUUAAAUUCUUCCAUUUCAUGAUCAUGCCGUUCGAUCGAUUAAUUAAUUAUUACUGUUCGAAUGGAUUCAUCUACUGUAUUAAUUCACUCAUCAUUAACAUAUAUCACAAAUGCGUUACUAUUACUGAUCAUCCAUCUAUGAUUCGACAAGCAAUUUUACUAUUAUUCAAUACCAAACGCACUAUACAUUUUAGCCUAAAAUUUGUUACUUCAUGCCAGUGACAUCAUGUAGCUCGGGCUACUAGGUGUUUGUGUUAGCAAUGUAUAAUUU